AUGAAGCCUCAGCAGCACAUGGCCAUUCGAAGGCUCAGCCUGCCGUCUUCCUCGCUCCUCCCCACGUCAUCGUCCUCGGCCGCCGCCUCUUCUUCCCCUCUCACGCCCCUCUCACCCGUGAUACAUCGAGCCAGGCGAGACCAGCACAUGCUCGCCAUCGACGGGUGGCUCCUGCACGUCGCCAAGCAGGCCGACGGCUCCCUCCUCCUCAACUUCCAGCACGAGUCGUGCGGCGCAGCUGCCGCCUCGUCCUCUCGUGAUCGCCCCAACGAACGACCGUGGUGGACCUGGGAGCAGGUGCUUCUUAGAUGCAGCGGAGUAUCGCGAAGAUGCGGACGGUACCCUGACGAAGCGCACGAGAUUACUGCCGAGGAUGGCGCCGCCUCGGAGACGCAAUGCGCCCCGCCCACCACGAUUAGCCUCGAGAACGUCGAGGCGGCGGACGUCGCGCAGUCGGUCGUCUCUACCCUCCUCACCUCUCUCACCAACGACACCAGCAAGACCAGCAAGACGAAGCGCUACUCGAGUAGUACUACUGCCUUCGAAUUGGAGCCUUUCGCCGCCAACAACGAUGAGGCGGAGCUCCGAAGAGGAAGGAAGCGAGGAGCCGACGACGAUGACUCGAUUGAGAUGACGAUCGAGGAGGCCGCGGAAGAAGAAAGCUCUGAGUCGACUGAGAGCGACAAUGAUGAACAGGAAGAGGAAGAAGAGGAAGAUGAAGACUGCACGAGAUGCUACCAGAACGCUCUCAAGCGUAGGCGGAGAUGGAGGGCCGACGACGUCAAGAGCGCCCUAGGGUCGCCCUGUUCGCCUUCGCCCAUCGACCCCACCUUCUCGGGCAUGCCGGCCGAGAUCCAGCUGCACAUCCUGCAGCUGGUGCCUAUGCUCGACCUCCUCCGCACGGUGCCCCUCGUGUCGCGUCAGUGGAACGACCUGGUGCGUGACGACGGCCUGUGGCGUCUGCUCAAGACCCAGUACUUUGGCUCCGCGACUCGUCCCAGCUGCCCUCGCGGCUUCCUGUCGCAGACCCUGCACGACAAGAUGAACGCGGCCUCGUCGGCCUCAUCGUUGUCGCUGCCCUCGUUCCGCGACCAGUGCAUCAGCUUCCUGCGCGAGCUCAAGGUCCUCCAGCAAAAGCACCACCGGCGGCUUUACGAGGAGGAGCGCAGCUACCGCCAGCAUCAGCUCAUAUGGGGCUGCAGCGGCGGCCACGCGAGCUUCGUCCACGACCUGUUCCGCUACCACGACAGCCUCAUCGACGUCGACAUGCUCUCCGCCUCGGGCAACCACGCCGAACGCACUCCACUCAUGGUCGCAGUCGCUGCGGGCAAUGACGGUGUAGCCUCGUUCCUUCUCCUCGAGAAGAACGCCGAUGUGAACCGCGCCACCAGCGACGGCUCCACGCCGCUCAUGAUCGCCGCCAGCAAGGGCCACAAGAACGCCGUCCAGUUCCUGCUCGACCAGCGGGCCGAAGUCAACAGGAUCACCAAGAACGGAUGCUCUGCCCUCAUGCUCGCGGCCCUGGCUGGACACGAGGAGAUCGCGGCGCUCCUGCUCGAGCGCGGGGCCGACCCUUGCGGCAAGACGGUCGACGGCUCGACUGCCCUGAUGAUCGCCGUGAGCAAGGGGAACAAGCAGAUCGUUUAUUCGCUCCUGCAGCACACACCGGCCAAUCAGAGAUCGCAUGUGGUGAACGAAACGAGGAAGGACGGAUGGACCGCCCUGAUGAUCGCCUCCACCAAGGGCGAGGAGGAGCUCGUGCGCGUGCUCGUGAAGCACGGCGCCGAGGUCAACAAGCGCAAGACCGGCGACGGGUGCACCGCACUGAUGUUUGCCGCAGCCAAGGGGCACGAUGAGAUCGUGCGUUUUCUGCUGUCGCACCACGCCGAUGUAAAUACGCGCAACCGUGACGGAUGGUCUGCGCUGAUGAUCGCCGCGGAUUGGGGCCACAAGGGAUGCGUGGAGGUGUUCAUCGAGAACAAGGACCUCUUCACCGCCAACGGCCACCCCUUCGGGCGAGUGAAUCUGCGGAUGGCGCUCAUCGUGGCCUUCAUGAAGAAGUACUACGACAUCUUCUCGCUCCUCCUUCAAGUGGGUCCUCCGUAG